AUGCCUGUCUACUCUGCUCUUCUCCUGGCCGCGGCCGGGUUCGCCGCUGCCGACAAGCUGGCAGCCAUGAACAUCGGGGAGGCCACUCUUCACAACGUCACCGUCGCCGGCCCGGGAGCUGCAUCGUUCGGCGUCCAUUCCCUCUCCGAUGGCUGCGGCAUCGGAAUGACCACCUGCGACGUCAACAACUGCAUGCCCCUGACCGGCGUCUGCUGCGGCCUCGGCAACGGCGCGUACUGCGACAUUGGCUAUGCCUGCGUCGACAACGGAUGCUGUCCCGUCGGCAAGGUCUGCAACGGGCCGCCCACCGGCUGCGAGGGAGACCGUGAUCUCUGCGGCGAGUUUUGCGUGCCCAAGGGGACUUGCGAUGGAAGCGGUGGAGGUGGCAGCGGUGGCAGCGGUGGCAGUGGCGGAUGCCCUUCCGGAUACGAGGCCUGCGAUGACGAGUGCAUGCCCGCUGGCAGUGUCUGCUGCCACAACGGCUAUCACUGCGAUGCCGGCCAGACGUGUACGUCCGACUUUAAGUGCCGUCUCGGAGGCAGCAGCGGCGGCGGCGGGGGAUCGGGUGGCGGCAGCAGCAGCGGUGGUGGUGAUGGCGGCGAUGAUGGGCCGACUUCUUCCAUCGACGACAGUUUCACUUCCAGGGGCUCUGGCAGCGGCCCUCUCCCGACUACGUACAGCCUCUCGCCGGACCCCGAGCCCACUGCCGCCCCUACCGAGUCGAACCCCUUUGGCGGCGGCGACGAUGUCUUCACGUCGACUGAGGAUAGCAGCCAGCCCACGCCCACGAACAAGGCUUCUACAACUCCCAGGCCUACUUCCAACGGUAGCAGUGGCAGUGGCAGUGGCGGCAGCAGCAGCAACGGUGGAAGCAAUGACGACGACGAUGGAAGCAGCGGCACGAUGAAUGCCCCCAGCCUCAUCGUCGGCCUGCUUGCUUUUAUUCCCUUUGUUCUAUAG